UCAGUGACAAGAUAUUUAUCUUUGUCCUUUAUGGUACAUAUGGUACAUUGUCGGGGAAAGGAUGGACCCUUUGCAUACUUUACACUACCAAUAGCAUACACAAUAAGAAAGAGUAGUCUCUUAUAUAUUCCAAAAAGAAAGUUCCCUGACCGAGAUUUGAACCCAGGCUGCAGUCCAUUUUGCACUUGUGACAUUUUAUUAAGCCCCCCAAUGGUGGAGACUGUUGAAGAAGAAAAACUGGAGCCUUUGUCUCCACCUGAGACUCUGUUGCCAUCCCAACAUGUGAUUCCACCCAAACCUGUACCUAAGACUUUGUCUCAACCAGACCCUGUGUCUCCACCUAAGACUUUGUCUCAACCCGAGCCUGUAUCUCCACCUGAGACUUUGUCUCAACCAGAGCCUGUGUCUCCACCUGAGACUUUGUCUCAACUCGCACCUGUGUCUCCACCUGAGACUUUGUAUGAACCCAAGCCUGUGUCUCUACUUGAGACUCUGUCACAACUCCAACAUAUGUCUGAACCUAUGUCUCCACAAGAAAUUGCAUCUUCCCCUGAACCUAUGUCUCCCCCAAAGCUUGUGUCUCCACCUGAGUCUUUGUCUCACCCAGAGUCUGUGUAUCUAACUGAGACUUUGUCUCCACCUGAGCCUGAACCUCAUCUGGCCUCGGAUCUGCCUCCUGUCAAGACAGAUAAUGCUGCAUCCAUCGACUCUUCACCGACUCCUCCAAAACUGACUUGGGGAGAAAUUAUGUAUGCACUGGAUGCCGAGCUGGAAGAGGCAGAGACGCUUAAGGAGCAGGAGUUCAGCAAGGAGAAGGAUACUCUUAAACUGGUCGAGAAAAAGAGGGGGAAAAUUACUAAGAAGGACAAGAUUGAAGAGGUCAUAGAAAGGAAAGAAAAAGUUGAGGACUUGGCCAAAAGAAAAAGAUAGAGCAGAGGGAGGAGGCAGUGGAUGAUUGGAAACAGAAGACUAUGAAUAAGAAUAUCAUCAGAGCAAAGUUUUUUAUGUCAAAAGAAUAUGGAUUCAUCACAUAUUCCUCUGAAGCUGAAGCCAGCACAGCUAUCAGGGAGAUGAAUGGGAAGAUUGUGGGAAGGAAGAAGCUGAUUAUUACUCUGUCUAAAACAAAAAAGCAACUAGCAGAGCAGAAGAUCAGGA